AUGGAGUUUGCUGAAGGAACCUGUGGCAUCUACAGCCCCAUCAAGAUGUUGUUUGACACACCAAUGUAUGAGCAGACCGUGCAGACCUGCUGGCACACGGCCUCUUGUCAGUCUCAGAUUGGACUGAUGGUUGAACUUUUGAGGCUCCAGCAGAAACAGCAGCUCCCCUCUCAGGUGACUGCUGAAGACAUGACCGAGCUGCUGGUGGAGAAGAACAAACACACACUGAGAUUUAUGCUCUGGGAGGACGAUGUGGAGCACUUUGAUGAGGCUGAUAUCAGGCCCCUACUCAGACUGGUGUUUGAGGUGAACACCAGAAUGAAGAUGAGGGAUGUUGAGCUUGAAGCCCAAAGGCUGCUCAACUCACCAGAGGCCAUGCCUCCUCAGAUGAGGCACUGCAAGAUCCUGAGCCAGGCUAAGAAAUAUGCCAGAAACCUGACAGAGAAGCAGCAGGAGGCUCCCAACUCCAAACUGCUCGGCCUGCAUGAAGUGGUAUUGGAGGUGGUUCCAAAGGUCCUGCAGGGCUUCUACUUGCCUCCUCAAAACACUUCCUUCAACAUGUCCUCCCAGGAGCUCAGUAAAUUGGCUGUUGGAGUCACAAAAGCUGUUGAGGACCGGGUCUCUGCUGCUCUGUCCACCAUCCGCUGUCAGGUCACCCUCUCCCGUUCCAUCAGAGACCACAUAGUCCAGUCUAUCCAGGAAAAGGUCCGACGGAGUUACCCUGAAGACGUCCUGGAGGAGAGACUCAAUUGUUUUGCAUCCAAUGUGCUGAACACCAUUACCAAUGUUGCAAAAGAAGAGAUCUGUGGGCUGGUCCAGAUUCAAAUUCACACAAUAGAGUUCAUUACCAUGGACAGUGGAAGUCCAGAAGCAGACUCUGCUGAGGUUUCCAUUCCUCCACCUCCUGUGAUUCCUGCUGAUGAGUCUCCUGUCAUCACUGCAGUGCAGGAUGAGCUGAUCAUCACAGAGCAGCCAGUCCAGGAGGACAAAUCCUUCAACACCACGACAGAGGCUCCAAAGACAGAGAGGAAAGGAUUCAGCUCUUUCUUGCAUUGGCUGCUGAAAAAUGUCUUCUGCUUUGUCAUGCCAGAAGAUGACUAA